UGAGUAUGGGGGUGGGGGGGGGGGGGGGCAUGCCCGCUAUAAAUACCGGCGUCGCGCUUCAGUUAUUUCUUGUGGAAGUUCCAACGAUGGCAGCUCCAAAGAAAGUGUGCGUGGUGGGCUCCGGAAACUGGGGCUCGGCCAUAGCCAAGAUCGUGGGCGCCAACGCGGCCGCCAACGCCAAGUUUGACAGCGUGGUCAACAUGUGGGUGUUUGAGGAAAUGGUGGACGGACGCAAGCUCACUGAAAUAAUCAACACAGAGCACGAGAAUGUCAAGUACUUGCGCGGACACAAGCUUCCCCCCAAUGUGGUGGCCAUUCCGGACCUAUUGGACUCGGUAAAGGGAGCCGACAUCCUGAUGUUUGUGGUCCCGCACCAGUUCAUCAUCCGUGUAUGUGACACUAUCAAGGACCACAUCAAGAAGGACGCUCACGGUGUGUCGCUCAUUAAGGGUGUGGAUGCUGGUCCGGAGGGUCUUAAACUGAUCUCCGAGGUAAUCCGAGGGAAGCUGGGCAUCAGCAUGUCAGUCCUGAUGGGAGCAAACAUCGCCAGUGAGGUGGCGGAGGACAAGUUUUGUGAGACAACCAUAGGGUGCAAGGACACAAUACACGGGCCCAUCUUGAAAGAGCUGAUGCAGACUGACAACUUCCGUGUAACCGUGGUCCAGGAGUCCGACGUUGUGGAGAUCUGCGGGGCGCUCAAGAACAUUGUGGCGGUGGGAGCGGGCUUCUGUGACGGUCUGGGUUUCGGUGACAACACCAAAGCGGCCGUGAUCCGUCUGGGCCUGAUGGAGAUGAUCGCCUUCGCCAAGGUCUUCUGCUCCGACGGACCCGUCUCGGCCAGCACCUUCUUGGAAAGCUGUGGUGUUGCAGACCUCAUCACCACCUGCUACGGCGGCCGCAACCGCAAGAUCGGAGAAGAGUUUGCCAAAACCGGAAAAACCAUCGAGCAGUUGGAGAAGGAGCUGCUGAAUGGUCAGAAGCUUCAAGGUCCGGCCACUGCAACUGAAGUCCACCAAAUCUUGAAACAGAAAAACAUGGUGGAGAAGUUCCCUCUUUUCACUGCCGUCCACCACAUCUGCUUUGACGGCCAUCCGGUUGCAGAGUUCAUCAGCUGUUUGCAGAACCACCCCGAGCACAUGUGAAGGACGAUCCGUCCUGCUGUCGGCUGGCCGGACGGUCCAUUUAAGACUUUGAUUGUGGAGGUGCCAUCGUGCAGUAUUUUGGGCAGAGUGCUAAUGGCGAGCUAGGUGACCGUUUUGGAGUCUCUUGCCAAGCUCCCCUUCUUUCUGAGCGUCUAUGUGCAACUGCUCUUAUCACAUUACGUAACUCUGUGGCCUUUCACUGAGUAGAAAAGGCGGCACGUCGUUGCAUAAAUCGUCGAAAGAAUGAUCACCAGCGCACAAAAGCAAAGCACAGUUGCACAAAACGGAAGGAUAAUACAAGGUGUUUCUGUACUUUUCUUUGGGAUAACAAAGAGUGCCUUAGUCUGUUCUUUGUCCUUGAUUUCAUUAGUUAUUGGGGAAUAAACCACGUGAACUCUGGA